UUCAGUCCGAGCGGACCGCAGCUCCGCGCACACACACAUAUACACACGCACACACACACACACACUCACACACACACUCGUGCGCAAGCACUGAGCGAGGGUGACGCGUGUGUGAGAGCAAGAGCCUGUGAAUAAUCCUCAUUCCUUCUGCGACCCGUUCGGCUCUUGGAUGAUCCAUAAUAACCUCUCAUAAUAAUCUAUAAUAAUAAUUAAUAACCAGUAAUCAUCCGGAUCAACAUGUCCCGCAGAAAGCAGAGCAACCCUCGGCAAAUCAAGCGUCCACUAGAUGGAGGUCUGGAGGAGGAAGAGGAGGAGUGCAUAUCAGACGCAAAUGAACUCACUGCUAAAGAGGAGUUUUCAGUGGAGGAAAACUUUCCUGUUGACUUUGAACCAGACAACCUCACCUGUGAGGACAUGGAGUACUUUUGCGGCAAAGGGGAAGAGAACGGCAACAGAGAAACAGGAGAGACAGAGAUGGAAACAGACAGUGAGAAGACCAGACACCCCCCUCUGGAGCCAGAGGAAUGGGACGGUCCACGAGAGCUGGACCUGUUCAACAAAGAUGGAGAACGACGGAUUCACAGCCGCCAGCAGCUUCCUGUAGGAACCACAUGGGGGCCUUUCGAGGGAAAAAUUGAGCUAAACACAGAUGCUCAGAAGAUGAAGCUGCACGUCCCGCUGGUGCUGAAUGCAGGCCCCAGGUGGCUGCUGGAUGUGACUUGGCAGGGAACAGACGACAACAAGAACAACUGUGUGGUUUACAGCAAAGGUGGUCAGUUGUGGUGCACCACGACCAAGAACAUGAUGGAAGGUGAAGAGCUGGUGGCAUUCGCAGUGGACUUUGACUCUCGAUUGCAGGCGGUCAAUCACAUGUCUCUCGGUGAGGGCAUGUACCCAGCACGCCUUCUGGACACCAUCCAGCUCCUGCCCCAGCAAGCUGCCAUGGCCUCCAUAUUACCUACAGCUAUAGUCAACAAGGACAUCUUCCCCUGUAAAGCGUGUGGGAUAUGGUACAGGAGUGAGAGGAACCUUCAGGCCCACCUGAUGUAUUACUGCAGUGGGCGGCAGAGGGAACCUGAUAACGUCUCUGAAGAGACUGACGCCAAUUCCCACCAAACUCCCAAUAUCUGCCCUUUCCCACAAUGCAACAAGAGCUUCAGCAACCCUCGUGCUCUGGAGAUGCACUUGAGCUCACACAGUGCUGUCAAAAUGGAAGAGUCUCUUCCCCCUGGCACCAGCUUGAAAUGCACAAUCUGUAACUUCACAGCAGAUUCACUCCUUACAUUCCAGCACCACAUCCUUUCACACCUGUCGCAGGCAGCCUUCAGAUGCAAUCACUGCCACAUCAGCUUCCAGAACCACAGGGAACUGCUGCAGCAUCAAGACUUACACGGACACUCCGGGAAGAUUCACAGGGAGAGCGACAGCGAGAACUCCCCAAGAGGAGGAGAGGAAAGCCUACAGGCGGCACGAGCAGAACUGUCGGGCAGGAAGGAUGUGGUUAUGCAAAGUCCCAAAAGCAUACCUAACAAGGCCAACAGCCCUGAUGGAGAACUCGAAAGACCUGAGAAAAAACCUACACUCGGCCUGCAGAAGGGAGAAAGUCACCCAGGAAGCAAGGCUAGUUUCUCUUACACCAGAAUCAAGUCGGAACCCUCUAGUCCACGGCUAGCCUCCUCGCCGGUCCAGCACAACAUGGGCCCAACUUUCCCCAUGGGUCCAUUCCUGUCACAGUUUGCUUUCUCCCAGGACAUUUCUGUGGUACCACAAGCAUCUGAGAUUCUAGCCAAAAUGUCAGAGCUGGUGCAUCGCAGGCUACGCCAUGGAGGGAACAGCUACCCUCCUGUCAUCUACAGUCCUCUCAUGCCCAAAGGAGCGACCUGCUUUGAAUGCAACAUCACUUUCAAUAAUCUAGACAACUACUUAGUUCACAAGAAGCACUACUGCAACAGUCGCUGGCAGCACAUGGCGAAGUCUCCAGAUUUCUCCAGUGUUCCGGACAAGGUGUCCGAUGCCAUAAGUCCAAACAGUGGCCACACUUCGGUCGGUAUGCUCCCCGGAUGCCUUCCAUCAGAAACUGACAGUCAUCUCGUGACAACAGCUUGCUUGAAUUCAUCUGUUUUGGAUAUUAUGAACGCUGGUGGGAAAGUGCCAGAAAAAGACCUUCCUGGGCAAGUAAAGAAGGUUACUACACCAACAGGAGUUGAGGAACGGCUCGGCGGAAAACAGCCUGAGGUGAAGAGUCCCAGCACGUCUUUGGUGGAUGGUGACAAUGACCCAAACAAGACCACCUGUGAAGCAUGCAACAUCACCUUCAGCCGGCAUGAAACGUUCAUGGUUCACAAGCAGUACUAUUGCGCCACUCGCCAUGACCCACCCAUGAAACGCAUGUCCGCGAAGGUGCCCGCCAUGCAGCGGACCAUGAGAACGCGCAAGCGGAGAAAGAUGUACGAGAUGUGUCUACCUGACCAAGAGCAACGGCAGCCCAUGGGGCCACAGCCAGGAUUCUUGGGCAUGCCCACUCUAGGAAAUCCCUGUACAUCCCAGGAAUCGGUAGAAAGUCUGGCUGACCGCUUCCAUCCACGAUGUGACAUCUUUCCAAGCCUUGUCCCGAAACACUUAGAUGCUUCUCUUACCGUUUCCAAGCCUAUCCUUGUCCACAAAGGUAACACUAGUGCAGACCCACAUGAACUAGAUGCUCCGAUAGAUCUCAGCAAAAAGAGCUCACCUCUUCCUGACAAGUCGUGCAACUCCCCCAAAAAACUCUUGGACUAUCACGAAUGUACCGUGUGCAAGAUCAGUUUUAACAAAGUGGAGAACUACCUUGCCCAUAAACAGAACUUUUGCCCUUUCACAUCUGCUCAGCAUGGCGAGAUCGGCAGUCUGGAGCAGCCGAUGUUCCCGGGCGUCAAGAGCGAAGGCAAUAAUUCAGAAGACAUCUAUGAUAAGAGUUCUGUGAAAUGUGAGAAAAACAUUGGCAACAAGUUGAUGGUGCAAAACGGAGGCAUAUUUCCGCCACACCUCGGGCCGGCGCCGGAUCAGAAAGCUUUCGGUGAUGCAUUGCUCAUGACUUCGAAAGAUGAGAACAAGAACAUGUUUUUGCCUCACUGUCUCUAUCCUGGAGCAAUAAAGAAGAUGAAAGGUACAGAGCCAAUAUCGCCGUAUUUCGGGAUAAAAAGCAGCGACUACAUGGCAGGGAGUCUCGUUAUGCAGGGUGAGGCGGCCGAACAAGAGCAAAGCAGCAACGGCGCAGGUGAGACGGGCACAGAACCACCUGCGGCCAAUGGCUGCCCCCAUCCCGGCAAGGAGCCGCUGCCCAAAAACAGGGGCAUGGUGAUUGUCAACGGUGGUCAUAAAGAGGAUCGCCAGACACCAGAAACUCCCCAGCAAGAGAAUCAGCCUCACAACACCUCAUCACCAGAGGAACAAACCUCUCCCACGUGGGGAGCCGAGAACCCUCCCGACCCAAACGAGAAUGUAUCGCCCACUUCGAAAUCACCUGUGGAGGAAUCCACACCUGCCGGAAAAGGCAUAAAUGGGUCAGCACUGCCAGCAGGCAGUGGGAAGUAUUGCCGCCUCUGUGACAGUACCGUACAUCUUAGAGGCCCCCACGCAAAGAACGAGAUGGGGCCCUUCCCACCAGCAGUGAUAUCAUGUAUACGAAAACUUAUUGUGCACCUGCUGCAAUUAUACUACUGA